AUGAACCACAUCGACGGCUCCAUGGACUCCAGCCUCAUGUUCGACGACGCCGAGUGGCUCCAAAUCGACACCUGCAUCGUGUCGUGGCUCUACACCACCCUCUCCGACGACCUCUUCUCUGCCGUGAUGCAGCCCGACGAUGACACCUACGCCGCGUGGACUGCCAUCGGCUCGCAGUUCCUGGACAACAUUGUCCAGCGCACUGCGCAGGCUCGCCAGCGCCUUCACGCCCUCCACCAGGGAGACAUGUCCAUCGCCGACUUCUGUGCCCAGAUCAAGCGGCUGGCAGACGUCUUGCGCGAUGUCGGCUCCCCCCUCUCUGAUCAGGAGAUGGUGAUCACCCUUCUGGGUGGCCUCAGCGACAAGCUUGCUCAUUGCGCCCCAACCAUCACGGCGGUGCGCCCACCCAUGCGCUUCAGUGAGGCACGCUCCUUCCUGCAACAGGAAGAGGUCUGGAUCACCGGCUAUGCCCAGAGAGCCGUCUCCACCGCCCUCCUCUCCGCGUCCCAGCCCGACGGCAACUCCACCAAUGCACAUGCCUAUUGA